GAAAUGUGGUCAUGACUUCCUUUUGCGCAUGCGCACGGCGCGUGUUAAUGGUGAAGCCACUUUGAGUUUAAACACAGAAACUCGGUUCAUUUUUGUCACAGUCUGAAUUCUUCUCAGCACAAUGGGAUCCGCAGAGCUACGAACAGAGCUAGAACAUUUCCUAAAGAACCUGAAUAUAGAGUUCGUGUCGGUGGAGCACCCGGAGGUUUUCACUGUGGAGGAGAUGAUGCCACAUGUGGAGCAUCUGAACGGGGCCAUCACUAAGAACCUUUUCUUAAAAGACAAGAAGAAAAAGGGCCUGUGGCUUGUCUCUGUUCGUCAUGACCGACAGGUUAACCUCAAUGAUCUUGCCAAGAAGCUGGGCGUAGGCAGUGGAAACCUGCGCUUUGCUGAUGAAGCAGCCAUGCUGGAGAAGCUAAAGGUGGGCCAAGGCUGUGCCACAGCUCUGGCUCUCUUCUGCGAUAAAGACCAGAGUGUGAAGUUCAUCCUGGACAGUGACUUGGCCAAUGGAGGCCAUGAGAGAGUGUACUUCCACCCUAUGACCAACGCCGCCACCAUGGGACUGAAACCAGAUGACCUGAUGAAGUUUUUGAGAGAGACAGGACAUGAACCAGUUCUUCACAGCUUUGAUUAGGUUUUAACUAGACUGUUCAUUUACAUACAGGUCAAUGCAUUAAAAAGGGAUCAGGACAUGGGGACAUUUUAUUGUAUGGAUGUAGGUUCAUCAGUUUUUGUAAACUUUCUGAUUUUGCCAUGUUAAAUCUACCAAUGUGCCAUGUGCAAAUGAUGUCAAUAAAAAUACAUGCUGAUAAACUUA